GAUUUCAGCUGCAUUCUCACGGCAAAUAAAGUAAAAACUUAUUUCAUAAAUUUUUUUAAUUUUUAGUGUGAGUGAGCAAGUGAGCUACCGAGUGUAAUGGUUUUAGUAGGUGAGAUAGAGUUUUUUAGAAAUUGCGUUUCCGAAAAGGGAACGUCUCUCACAGUCUAGUCCGUAAUAGGAACGUGUGAAGUGAUAAGAGCACCGCAAUGUUGUCGCUUCAGAAUUAUAAUUAGAUUAAUAUUCAAUACAAAAGUAAUUGGCUCGGGUGGUAUCGCCGGCAAAUGUUUUACCAAAAGCGUUUAAAGAGUAUGUAAAAAAUUAAAAAUUCAUUAAGGAAGAGGCUCAUAUUCUCUCUGUUGCCAAUUUGCCAUACAUGUUUCGUAGAAUUCGCAAGGUAAAUAUUUGGCAACAGCGUUGAUUGAAAAAUGCUUCCUGGAAGCGAAUAAGAUGUGUUUUUCUCAGUUUCUCGCGUUUCUCGUAUCGUAAUUGACAUGGUGCCCUCAUUUUAUCCGCUUCUGGAGGUGUGCGCUGAAAACCUUGAAAAAAGGUUUUGAAGUUUCGGAAUUUGCGGAUUAAUUCGAGUAGCGUGGUACUCUAUGAGUGCCGUGCAAAAUAUCGGGAGGAAACGUGUCCACAUUGUGUUUACUCUUUUCCUUCUUCUGCUGCACACUUAGUCACUUAACCCUACAAUGGUCUCGUGAAGAAUAAUUCCUCGCGGAUGUGAUUGUUUUUGUGCAUCUCAUGGUCAAUGGUUUUGAAUUAUUGUAGCAAUAAAGUUACUUUUGUGAUUUUUAACUCUUGGAAUCUCUAUUCACAGCUAGUCAAUCGGUACUUAGUCAAAGAGUUCAAAUGUGUUAAUUUCAACAACACCUUUUCAGGUUAUGGUGUGAGAAUGUCUUCGAAAAAAGUUUUUGGACACAGGAAAUUCUACGCUUUGCCAGAGGAAUACGCUUCCAAACAUGUGAAUUUUAAACCAGGUUCUUUGUCAAAGAAAGAAGAUCCAUCAAAGUUAGUGAAAUAUAUUGAUGAAAAUGUCAUUGGAAACAAUAUUACUUUCCUUGGACCUUUUGGCCGUCGUAGAGUCGUUUACUGUGAUUACACCGCCUCAGGUCGAUCGCUUCAAUUCAUCGAGGAUUACAUUUUAAAGGAAGUCCUCCCAGCCUACGGGAACACCCACACAACCACUACUCUCACCUCUCUUCAAACCACCUUAUUUAGGCAUGAAUCGCGGGAUAUUUUUCGCAAUGCUGUCCACGCGACAGAGGACGAUGUGGUAAUCUUCGCGGGCAACGGCACCACCGGAGCUGUCCAUAAACUAAUCCAUGCUCUGGACCUCAUCGAGCCUCCUGUCGUCUUCGUAGGACCCUGUGAACAUCACUCCAAUCUACUUCCAUGGAGGGAAAUCGGCGCCAAAAUCAUCAGAAUCUCAGAGACGAAGGAAGGUUUCCUAGACUUGGUGGAUUUGGAAAACCAGUUACAGCUUCAUUCAACAAUGGAGUCACCUGACACAAAAUUAAUUGGUUGCUUCACAGCUGCAUCAAAUAUCACGGGUAUAGUUGCUGACGAUAUAGCAACAACUCUUUUGCUCCACCAGUAUGGAGCUUUGGCAUUUUGGGACUUCGCCACCGCUGCACCGUAUGUUCAAAUGGACAUGAAUCCUCUUUUUCCAUCUCUAAAUGAAGGAGCUGUUCAUAAAGAUGCAAUUUAUUUUUCCGGGCAUAAAUUUGUUGGAGGAGUACAAACACCUGGUAUUUUGAUAGCCAAGAAAUCGCUGUUUCAAAAUCCAAUUCCAGAAGGUUGUGGUGGGGGUACUGUGUUUUUUGUAAUGCGGAAUGGUCAUCGUUACUUGCAGGACACAGAGCUACGUGAAGAAGGAGGAACAGGAGCCAUAGUUGAAUCCAUUCGUGCAGGCUUAGCAAUGCAACUCAAAUUGGCGGUUGGUGUUUCAAACAUAAUGACUUACGAAGAAAAAAUAGUGAAAACCUUUCUAUCUCAUGUCCGAACCAUACCAGAAAUAUUGUUACUAGGUAAUACAUCUCACGGAGUAAAAAGACUACCUAUCUUCUCAUUCCUCGUGCGGCAUCCUCGGGGGACUUUUCUUCAUCACAACUUCAUUUGUUCCGUUCUCAACGAUGUUUUUGGCAUUCAAGCUCGUGGCGGCUGCGCCUGUGCAGGGCCUUAUGCUCAAGAUCUAAUGGGUAUUGAUGAAGAUCUUGCUAUGCAGUAUGAGCAAGUUUUAUUGGAAGAUAGUCGACUAGACAGACAUCAUUUAAGACGCCAUGAGGAACAUUCCUCUUAUGAAAUGCUGAGACCUGGUUUCACAAGAAUCUCCAUACCUUUUUUUAUGUCUGACUCUGAACUGAAUUUUGUCCUGGAGGCAUUGAAAAUGGUAGCCACCGAAGGCUGGAAAUUGUUACCUCAGUACUUAUUGAAUCCUGAAACUGGCGAAUGGAGGCAUCAUACUAAUGUUGUAUUCAAGGACAGAAAAUGGCUGGGCUCCAUUCGCUACACUGAUGGGAAAAUGACUGUCAACGAAAGGAAAAUGUCUGGUCAAAUCCCUUGUCCUAAAGAUUAUAAUGAGUGUUUACAGACUGCUCGUAAUUUAUUUAAUAAAGCUAGAAAGAUGGCUCAGCGAUUCCCACUGGCAGAUCAAACUGUGAUGUUCAAUGAAAUGGCCGAAUCAUUGCGUUGGUUUAUGCUUCCCAGUGAGGCUCAAGAUCUCCUUCUGGGCAAUUGUCUAAGUGUGAAAACUAAUGUUCCUUUUGACCCUUGCAAUUACCAAGGAUCUCGAGGUAGUAUUGCCGAUCUGCCACAAUUCGUCCAUGACAGAGAUGUCUUUUCAAGGCAUCACAGCUUAUCUGCAUUGGAUACAUCUUCUCAGAGAGACUCUCAUUCACCUCAUCAAGACCCAUCCAACUUGCACAGUUACUCUAUGUACUCAACAUUGUCACCGCGAGGUCUUUAUCAGAGAGGAAGAGAGCGCUGUUACAGCUUGGGCUCAACUCCACCACCUCUACCGCUACAUCCCAGAUUAUCACUCGGCAUAUCAAGGAAUAGGCAGUGCAGCAUAGGAAGUCAAACUGAACUGAAUUCAUUGAGUGAUAGUGAAAAUAGAGACGAUCAAGAUGCAAGAUGUUCUGAUACUGCCUCUCCUCCUGUAAUCAUCAAUAAUCAAGCUCAUUUACAGGCUUAUGUGAAAGAAGUAACAGAAGAACUUGCAACGGAAAUCAAGUCUGAACUGAGGGAAGUAAUUGCAACGGUAGAUAGUGCCUUAUCGGAAAGCUCAGAAAGUUUAUCAGAAUAUAAUUACUUAGACCGAAGGCAAAGUCAAUUACCGCAAAUGAAGCAGAACAUGAACGGAACAGGGGCCUUUUUCCCUCGCAACAAUUCAGUUCCGGUUAUUGUUACCUCUUCUUUUGAUACGGCAACAGCACCUCAUUCAGCGCCUUUGAUCAAGCAUGGUUCCAUUCCAUCUUCUUAUACUUCACACAAUAAUGUGUACCUACCUGAGUAUUCAUAUUCACAACCCAACAGUUUUGCACCACUCUGUACUUCUGAAACUAAUGAUGGUGCCUCUCCCACCACUGAUGUCACGGAACAUGUAGCUGAGUAUUUAGCUGAACUGACGACAGAGAUGGUUUCUGAGAUGAAGUCAGAAUUUAGAGAAAUGGUUAGCGCGGUUGAUGAGAUCAUUUCUCCAAAUGUUGAGCGUUCCUCAUUAACAUCUUUGAGCACAGAUGACAUGAGUGACUCUGAAACAACAAAGAAAUCCGAAGGCUGUCGUCGCAUAUUAAAUUCUUCUUGUGAGUUCCGUAAAAAGCCUUUGCUUAAAAGUGGAGAGGUCACAAACAAUACAAGUUCUCAAGACAGCGGUAUUAAUGGUAGUUGUUCGGAUAAAGAGGCAAACAGUCUGGACAAGCAGGAGUCAGAUACAGACAAAAUGAGCUCUGAAUCAACCCUAGAAUGUUUUUAUCAGUCAGACAAUGAUCCUUGUCGCAAGAAGUCAGUUAUCGAGGUCGAAAAACCUCGAUGGCAUUGCCCGCCUAGAAAUAUCUGGAAACCCACUACUGAUGCAAUUCUAGACUUUGACAUGAUUAAAGAUGGAGACCGCGUAAUGGUCUGUCUAUCGGGCGGUAAGGACUCCUUAUCAUUACUUCAUACUCUUCAUCAGUUUCAGUACUAUGCAAAGAGUAAAGGAAUCAGUUUCAAAUUGGGUGCUGCUACUGUCGAUCCAGGAAGUUCGGCGUACAACCCGCAGCCACUGAUACCCUAUCUAAAGCUCUUAGGAGUUCAUUAUUUGUAUGAAAAACAGCCCAUCUUAGAGCAAGCAGCAAGUGUUAACUGUAGCUCAAUUUGUAGUUUUUGUAGUCGUAUGAAACGGGGCCGCUUGUAUGCAGCUGCUCGAAACAACAAUUAUAAUGUUCUUGCUCUUGGACAGCACCUGGAUGAUUUAGCUGAAAGUUUCCUAAUGUCAACUUUCCAUAAUGGAAGAUUAAGAACCAUGAAGGCUCAUUAUUACAUUAAAGAAAAAGAUUUACGAGUGAUUCGACCUUUCAUUUACGUACGGGAGAGAAACCUGCGGCAGUUUGCUGAAAGCCGUAAAUUGCCUGUCAUUCCAGAGAAUUGCCCUGCAUGCUUUGAGGCACCAAAAGAGCGGCACCGAACAAAGCAGUUAUUGGCACAGCAAGAGAUUCUGUUUCCAAAAUUGUUCACGUCAAUACGAUCAGCUCUGCUACCUCUUAUUUCCUUCCAUCAUACUGGUGAAGAAAGUAAAACGUACAAUGAGUUUAAGAGUACGAGUAAGAAGAGAAAAGAAGCUUUUAUUAGAAAAGUACCAGUGGAGUCCGAGAGCGACACGGAUGAAGAUAGCCCUGUUGCUUGCCAAAUCCAAGGAUCUGAAAUGAAGAGUUGAGCCUCUGUAUUAUACUCGUUAUUUUAACCUUUUGCGUGCAGAACCACCUCGCUCUCUUAGUUUCCCUUCAUUUUCAAUUCCAAAAAUCAUGAACCUUUGUGCUUCUCAUUUAGAUCUAUGUUCCUACCAAUUAAAUGAACUUUAUCAACCAGGAGUUGCUGAGUAACUCCUCUCCUAUGUAAAAACUUUCCUUUCAACCCUUUACAAGUCUCAACUUGAAUCUUGUAACUUUCAACUUUAACUGAAAGCUCAAAAAUAGUUCAUGUUGUCGAACCUUUUUUUCUAUGAAAGAAGACUGUAAUCAAUUCGAUAUGGUGAUAAAUUCUAUAGGGCCGAUGAAUGGUUCUCUUUAGGAUCAUCACCGUUAGUUGUUUGAAAUAAAGUAUUGUUGUUGUGUAGAUUGAAAUUUACGCAACUGUGUAGGUUCAUUCUUGUGAUAAUUUUUGUAAUUUUAGUUUUAUAUCUAGUGAUUUAUUUUUGUGAUGUACUUUAGGUGUUUACGAAUCAAAAUUAGGUAACAAUCUUUGACAUCUAUUUGUUUUAGUCAAACAGGCUUUGAAGUUGACUUAUGUUUAAAUUUUAAUUUUAAUAUUUUCUUUAUGACUUAAAUUCCUUGUUCGUUGACACUCAUCAAGAUUGGUGAUGAAGGGUGAUCCAUGAGUCAACAAACAUGAUCUACUCUGACUUUGUGGAUUAGGAGGUAAUGAAGUGAGGUGCAAAUCUGCUGACAUUUGUCUUUAGAAGAUAUCACCGACUUAUACAACAACAGAUUUUAUUUGCCUGGAAAAUUUUUGCAAGUAUUCUUUCUGUGAAGGAAGCUUCUCUACCCCAAGUAAACAUUGAACUGUCCCUGUGCAAGGGUGUAAGACGUGACAGGCAGAAAUUUAGCUACGCAAAAGGUUCAAAAAAGUUGAUGAGGUGAAAUUCCAGCAAGAGGAUAAAAAUUAGCCAUUAAGAUUUAUGAGUUUUGGAAAUUAAACCCAAAAAAUCUAAUUGUGUGCGAUGAUUUCUUGACAGAUUUGGUCAAAUGUAUGACACAAUCACUCAUAUCAAUGGUGAAUUGUUGAGCAAGUGAACAUUUUUGAGAGCUCCAAGCUGAAAGCUGCAGAACUUUUGACGGCAAAAUUUUCUUGUAGAAGUGAAAGCAAUUGAGUCAAAUGAAUGAAAAGAUUUCUUGUAAAAUUGAGUUGUUGAGCUAAAAGUGGUUCAGCUUUUAAAAUCACAAAGCCAUUAAGUUCUUAAUUAAUGAAGACCAUCUCGGUUGUGUUUAGUAGAAACGCACCAUGUUUUAUUUUGAGAAAAAAUGAGUCGGAAUUAGUUUUGGGGUCAACUAGUGGUAAAUUUUCUCCUGUCCAAAAUUCAAAGUUGAGGGAAAAUGUUCAGAACAGGAAAAGAGAAGUUAAAAUUUUGUUCUUAACAUUGAGGUUUCAUGAAGGAAUAAAACUUUCUUUAUCUUGGUUCAAACCUGAUGUAAAAUGGUGUAUUUCUAACAAACUUGGUCCGUUCUCUAAUCCGAAAUUUAAAUGCUCUGUCGAAAGUACUUGAAAUUAUAGGCAGCGAUUCAUUUAUAUCAAAAAGCUUGACAGGGUACAACCAUGUGUUUUCUUUUUUUUUAUUUUGCCUACUCCGCAUUUUAUCUUAAAAGCAAAUGAGCAUUAGCACUUCACUGUAGGGACUCUCAUUUUAUUAUGUCAUUUUGUACUUGUUGUUGUGUUUUUUCCCCCUCAUUCUAUUUUUGAAUCAGCCCAUAUCCAGAAACUAUAUUUAUGAAUGAGAUGGUCAAACCACCUCACUUUUAAUUUGUAUCAAAUGAAUUAUUACUGCUGUGGUCCCUGCUUUUAAAAAUUAGAUUUUACUGCCAACGGUCUUCACAAAUUUUCUCAUGUUUCCUAGGUGGAGUUUACCAAGCGAUCAACUGGACUGAGUUUAUCAGAAGCGUAUGACGCAUUUUGGAAAAAAAAAGGAGAGUAGGGAGCAGUUUUGGAUUUAACUAUUUGUAAAUUUUCUCCUGGCAAAAAAUUAAAGUCUAUAAAAAUAUUUUGAACGGGAAAAUAUGAAGUCCUUGAACUUUGUCCUUAACAUUAAUUCCUACGGGGGAAUGAAAUUUUACCCUUUUUCUUAGUUCAAAUUUGAUGCCACUUUGCCACUUUGCACGGGGCCUGUUAGACUCAGUCCAAAUGAUGGAUCUGAAUGGUGGAGUAGGCUUCACUUUCAAGAGUUAAGUCCAUUGUAAAAAUCCUCUUGGUAUCAUUGAGUUACAUAUAUUUCUGACUGAAAGUAGGAGCCAACUUGUCCAGGACCAUUGUUCUUCAUGCUAUUCAUUUGAACAUGUCAUAUUUUCACAUUUAUUUCUUUUUAUUUAUUUAUUUAUUUUUUUUGGCAACAAAGUCAUUAGCAUGCUUCAUACUAACUUACCUUCUCGUAUUCGCUGCCAGAGUGCCAGGAAAACAUGCAAAAAAAAGGACAACUCUAGGUGAAAAAUUGAAUUAACUGAACGAGAGUCAACAAUUUUUCUGAACAAAAGUUUGCAAGGAGUUUUUGAUCAGUUUGCCGUUAGUUUGCUUAUGUUAGACUCUUGAUUUUAGCUUACUGAGUCGGAUAUGGUACCACCAGGACCAUUUUCGUAUCAGGCUCAUGAGCCCUACCUGGCAAGCUCGAGUGACUGAAUUUUUUUUCAGAACAAUGGCAGCAUUCGCUCUCUGUAUUCGCAUGCUUUGAAUAAUUAUAGCUUGAGGUUGCAAUUUGCACCAAAAUUAUGCUUUUUACUCUUAUCCUAAUGAUGUCUCUCAGAAUGAUGAGUUGCCAUUCUAAAAUUCUGAAUUUCAAUGGAAAUUGGAUCUAAAAGCUCAAAUAGUGUUUUUUUCUCUUAAUGAGAUUUCGGGACAAAUGGUUAUUGUCUUUGUCUAUCAUGCUAAUUCGCCCUGUUAGAUUUUUGUUAUGUUGCUAUUUACCUGUCAGUUCGUUGCCUUAAGUUUUUCAUUGUAUUUACUGUUGAACCUGUAGUUGUGUAUGAGUAAAGGAAUUAAUAAAUAUGAAAAGGUUCAAAUUUUGAAUAAAUCAUAUAAUCUUA